GGAAGUGGGUCUUGGGGAGGGAGGGCAGCCGGCCGGCGCAGGCCGAGCCCCGGAGAGGGCCGAGGAUGAAGCUGAGCACGCAGGCCUACUGCAAGAUGGUGCUCCACGGAGCCAAGUACCCGCACUGCGCCGUCAACGGGCUCCUGGUAGCAGAGAAGCAGCAGCAGCAGCAGCACCGGGGUGGCAGCCGGGAGCCCCCUGCCCUCUUCGUGGACUGCGUCCCCCUCUUCCAUGGCACCCUCGCCCUGGCACCCAUGCUCGAGGUGGCCCUCACCCUGAUCGAUUCAUGGUGCAAGGAGAACAGCUAUGUGAUAGCUGGAUACUAUCAAGCCAACGAACGUCUGAAGGAUGCCAGUCCAAACCAGGUUGCCGAAAAGGUGGCAUCCAGGAUAGCGGAGCAUUUCAGUGACACGGCACUUAUAAUGGUGGAUAAUACGAAAUUCACCAUGGAGUGCCUAGAGCCUGCCGUUCACGUGUACGAGCAUCACGAAAACAAAUGGCGAUGCAAAGACCCCCACUUGGAUUACUGUGAAGACUGGUCAGAAGCCCAGAGGAUCUCCGCCUCGCUUUUGGACAGCAGGUCCUACGAAACGCUAGUGGAUUUUGAUAAUCACUUGGACGACAUCCGGAACGAUUGGACAAACCCCGAGAUUAACAAAGCCGUCCUGCACCUCUGUUAGGUUUCCACUGACUUGACUUAACCGGCAUUUCCACUCCACUGAAG